AUGACGGAUCUGAUACGGCAGAACCACACUACGAAAGAUGGCCACGCAUGUGUUUCGUGGGAUGGUUUUGUUCCCGCAUGGUCGCGCACACUAGAGUGUCAAAGGAUGCGGCCCAUAGAAGGCUCACUGACCAAAAUUCCGGCGUCCAGCCGCCUUGCACCUGUUGGGCACGGCAUGGACAACAGACCGGAGGUGUUGGGUUUGUCAUGGGCUUCCUGCAGGUUGGGCGGCGUUCACGACGCUGCGAGCUAUCCGCCUUCAGAUAUGGAUACCGCCCAAGCUCUGGAGCUACGGGCUGUAAAGAACAUGGACGUUGACAUGCCACCAGCUAGGUUUACAGUAUCACCAAGCUUUUCACAAGCGUGCCACCUUGACAGCGCACUGGUCGAUCUGGCUCCUCCAGCAAUGGACUGUCAAUGCUGCCGAGAAGUCGAGGCAGCAGCUGACUUUUCUGCGACGCUCGUUGACACUGCAAUGGUUCUUCAGAUGGUUGGUGAUUUGGAAGAGGUCACGAAUGCAGCAGACUCUGACUUGCCUGCAGCAAUGGCACGAGCUUUUGGUCCUGAUGGUAUCCAAGCUCUCUUCGGGAGCAGAUCUGCGGAAGGCGUCAGACGCCUGCGAUGCAGUGGUUUCAACCAUGUCUUCAUGCUGGAGUUGGGUGGCAAGCUGGUCAAAUGCAUCAGGCCCCAUGGGGGCGCUGGGGGCCAGUUCAGCGAAGCCUUGGAGGCCAAAAGGCUUAGCCAGUCAAUCCCAAAUCUUGCAAAGGAUCCACAGGUGCUAUUUCCCCAAGCUUUCUUUUUAUUUCGGGAGAAGGCUUCUUCGGCGUUUGUGUGUGAGGUGCUCGUUUUUGAGUACCUUCCGAACUGCCAGUCUGUCGCUGAUGUCUUGAAUCGGUUCGAGCGCACACACCCGUGUGGGUCGCGUCAUCACACCGCCACCUGCCGAGUACACCGCGCAAAUGAUCCGAACGAGGUCAAGUGCGAGCACGCAAAAGCUUUACGGAGCUUAGUGCGGCAGGUAGCAUUACUGGCGAGGCACUUCCAGUCUACGCAUGGUCGCCGGCACGGCGACUUCAAGGCGGACAACGUGCUCAUAGAUGAGCGUGGCCGCCUGUUGCUGGCCGAUUUUCUGAGCCCUUUCUGCAUGUCCUGUGACAAGGAGGAGUUUCUUAGCUCAAUACGGAGUCAACACCCGUCGUCUCAGGAGCUGCGGGCCGCCUUUGACAACGAGUGGCAGGCUGCGCAUGCCAAGGUUUAUCGAUCUCAGGACAUGAUGACCGGUCAAAAUGCGUGGUUGAUUUCCGAGCUGAACGGCUUGAUCGAUGUUUCCAGCCAGCAGUCUAUGUUUGGGCCUCUGCCGGAUCUGCUGCAAAGCAUUUCCACGUGGACACCAUCUUCGGCCAAGUCAACAACAACCCCCAGCUCCUUCUCAUUUACAGGUGUGACCGAUUGGCCUUCGCCUGGUAGCCAAAGCCAAAGCCCGGCAUCUAUGGCUCAGAAGUCGCCGCAGACAGGCAAGGUGCUCUCACCGUUUGGAGAGCUACCCUGUCGGGUUGCAGGUCAAGACUCACAGGCCCGGAGGCGAACAAGCACGUCAUCUGUGGCUUCUCCAGCUGGUGCUACCCUUCUGGCUGAGCCGAAUUUGCUGAUGCAGGCCCGAAGCUUUUUUGCCGAUCCCACAUUCAAGCAGGAAGCGGCCGCUUUUGCAAACUUUCCGGCUUCGCUGUCUUUCGGAGGGAGCUUAGCAUUGCCUCCUGCAGCACCAGCACUUAUCGGCGUAUCUGGCAACCUAGCUCCAAGCUUGGCAGCCAAACAGUUCCCUUUGUUUUCUGAUUCACUGGUCCAGACUUCGCCAUUCUUUCCUCCAUUUGAGGGCUGGCCUCUGCCAGGCACAAAGAUAAACCUGUGA